CGCCUAACUGACCAGCCGCGAACAGGCGAUUCAAGCCGUCGUCGUCGUGUCUCGUUACCUCGCUCUGAUCCUCUAUCCGUUCCGUGAUCCCCCAGCAAAGAAGAAAACACCAUGACGCGCGCCCAGCAGACCAUCUCCCUUGCGCUACUCGUGAGCUCGUUCUACCUCUCCCUCUACCUCGGACUCUUCCCCCUCCCGCCCAUCAUCCAGGAAGCCAUUGUACCCGUGCUGCCCUUCUGGUUCCUCGUCUCCUUCGGCGCCUGGUUGCUCUUCCGCCUCGGCUGGGGCCUGCUCACCUUCCGCGACACACCCGAUGCCUACGCCGAGCUGAUGGAGGAGAUCAAGAUGGCCAAGGCGGACCUGAGGGCCAAGGGCGUGGAUGUCGAUUAGGGGAAGUCACGGUGUACACAAGUUGUCACGAACGAGGGCUUGGAACGGAUGGGCGAGCGCCUACGAUAUUCCAGCUGUACAACAGAUACUUCGAAAAAAAAAGGGAUGCUUGUUUACCACCGCUGGUUGAGCGGGUCGGGGAGUUGUGGUUCAGAGAGAGUUGGUAUUUUAUUGCGCGCCAUGCGAGCGCAAAAAGAGUCAAGCUCGAGGGUACUGCUGUCCCCCGG